CCUCACCCUCAACCGCCCUCACUACCUCCGCUGUACAACAAGGCCGUGAUCCUCUGAGUGAGCCAUUUCUUUUCAAGAUCUGGUGUUCUGAAUUUCCUACCCAACGCAACAAUGGCUGAAGACUCCACCGCUGCCUGGCCCAUCGCCGAUGAGGCCCUCUCCCAGAGCCUCCUCGACCUCGUGCAACAGGCAGGACACUACCGCCAGAUUAAGAAGGGUGCCAACGAGACCACCAAGACCCUUAACCGUGGUACCUCCGAGCUCGUCGUUCUCGCCGCCGACACCACCCCCCUCCCUAUCAUUCUGCACCUGCCCCUGCUGUGCGAGGACAAGAACGUUCCCUACGUCUACGUCCCCAGCAAGAUGGCUCUCGGCCGUGCUACCGGUGUUUCUCGCCCUGUCAUCGCUUGCUCUAUCACCACCAACGACGCUAGUGAUCUCGCUGCUCAGAUCCGCGCUAUCAAGCUCCAGGUCGAGCGUCUCAUGAUCUAAGAUGUUACUUAGAUAGGAUGUGGAAGGAAUUGGACUCGGUACAUGUGGCUUGCGAAUAGCUUGUUAGCCUCGUGGUAGGAGUUUCUCUGUUAUAUGAGGGACUUCUUACUCUGAGUUGGCAAUAGGCCAUAUUUGCUCGGAAGCUAGAUUGCUUGCACCUGCAGAUGGACAAUUCAGACACUGAACUUUGAAUAUUGCUUGUAGCUUGGACAUUUGUCUGAGAUAUCGUAAGCUAGAGAUUGGUCUCCUGACCAAUAUCCAGUCAUAUGAAUGCCCAGUCAUUGGC